AUGACUCUCCCUGACACCGAGGCGACGAGCCUCGCUCCUUCGCUCGACAUGAAUCCAGUCGACACAGCUGCGGCCACCUCUCACACCAACAGCUUCCACGAGACGGACAAGAAGCUCGCCAUCAUCUCUUCAGCUCAUGAAGAUGUGCCGGCCCCAUCCGCGCAACCCGUCUAUCCUACGGGGCUCUCGUUCUGGGCGGUCUUCGCCUCUGUACUUGCGGCUAUUGUGCUAAUCUCGCUCGACCAGACGAUCGUGUCCACCGCAGUGCCAGAGAUUACGAACCAGUUUCAGACGUUCAGCGACGUCGGGUGGUACGGUUCGGCGUACCUGCUCACCUCGACGUGCUUCCAGCCUCUGUUCGGCCGACUCUACUCGCGCUUCUCGAUCAAGUACACAUUCCUGACUGCGUUCACGCUGUUCGAGAUCGGCUCGCUCAUCUGCGCGCUGGCGCACGACUCGACGACCUUUAUCGUCGGGCGCGCGAUUGCAGGGCUGGGUAUGAGCGGCGCGUACUCGGGCACAAUGAUCAUCGUCACGCUCAUCUCGCCCGUAGAGAGGCGGCCGGUGAUGAUGAGUGUCGUCGGCGGCGCGUACGGCGCAGGCGCAUGCGUGGGGCCCAUCGUCGGCGGCGCUCUGACGAGCAAGACCACCUGGCGUUGGUGCUUCUAUAUUAACCUAUGCUUCUACCCUGUCGUGGCCGCCGCGAUCAUAUGGUGCCUGGCAGUGCCCAGGCAGAGCGACGGGCAGAAGAAGCAGAGUGUGUGGAGGAGGUUUGUGUUUAUUGACUGGCCUGGCGUGGUGCUGUCGUUGACCGCCAUGAUCUGUCUGCUGCUGGCGCUGCAGUGGGGCGGCGUGCGGUAUUCAUGGGGGGACAGCAAGGUGGUCGGGCUGAUCGUAGGGUUCGUCGUGAUUUCCGCGGUGUUUGCCAUCGAGCAGUGGUACUUGGGAGACAAUGCGAUCAUCCCCUUCCGACUGCAUGCGCAACGAACGGUCGGGUUUGGAAGUGCGGUCAACUUUGCCAUCGCCGCGUCGUACUUUGGACUGCUAUACUUCAUCCCUCUGUACUUCCAGAGCGUACGAGGCUCGUCGGCGAUCCGAAGCGGCGUCCAGACGUUGCCCUUUGUCAUCGCCGUGAUUUUCAGCAAUGCCGUCUCGGGCUCGCUCAUCACGGCGUUCGGAUACUACAUCCCCAUUCUUAUGAUCGGCACUGCUCUGACGUCGGUGGGGUCCGGACUACUCUACCUCCUCCGCCCGGAUUCGUCGCUCAGCCUGUACGUCGGGCUGCAGUUCUUCGCCGGUAUCGGACCGGGCCUGUCAUUCAUGAUCCCCUUCUCGGCGGUCAGCGCACGCCUCGAGCCCAAGGACAUCGAAAUCGGCUCAGCCAUCGUCACCUUCUGGCAAACCCUCGGAGGCACCGUGUUCGUCAGUGUCUGCCAGGCCAUCUUCCAGAACGACUUUAUCCGCCAACUGCGCGUACACGUUCCGCAGGCACCCGUCGACCAGAUCAUCGCAAACGGCGUCAGUGCCUUCCGCGCCUUCACACCCGCAGGCCUGCUGGGCCAGGUGGAGCUGGCAGCCAACUUGGCGGUCAACAAGACGUACCUGUGCAGUGUGGCGUUGGGCGGCGCCGCUCUAGCGUGCGUGUUUGGCAUGGAGCUCAACCGCCGCAUCCUGCCAGCCGACAAGCAGGCGCAGGAGCAGGCCAAGAAGGAACAGACCGAGGGGGAGAAGGCAUAG